AUGAGCACUUGGAAGGUGAGGUCAACACUGAAGAUGGGUGAGACUCCACUGGAGGCCUGGAAGGACACUCUUUUACAGUCAGACGAUGUGUUGUUUGCAGACAUGUUAAACCGAAUAUUACAAACUUUUCAACAUUGUCCUUAUGUGGGGUUUUUCAAAUUAAGCGAAAUUGGGCCACUGCGUCCCUGUGGUCUGUGUUUCUGGGACAGCUGUGUGCCUGUUCUGCUCUACCAGAGGUCUCGGACCAGCGGCGAAGGCCCCACAGAACAUCUUCCAGGAGCCUGGAGCUGUGAACUUGAACUUGAAUUUAUGCCUCACUUUGCUGGUGCUUCCUGUGCCCAGGUGCCCUGUUGA